AUGGAGAAAGAGGCAAAAGUAAGGGCAGACGAUAUGUUGCUAAAAGAGAUCCACAGUCUCAAAGAAGCAAUGAGAAACCCUCAAGUUGCUAGGGGAACUAAGAGUGUAGAAUACGAGGAUCUGUGCGUUCAGCCUGAUGUUGACUUACCUGUAGGCUACAAACCGCCGAAAUUUGAUACUUUCAAUGGAACUGGCGAUCCCCAUACACACUUAAGGGCUUACUGCGACAAACUGGUUGGAGUAGGUAGAGAUCAGAACAUAAGGAUGAAACUGUUCAUAAGAAGCUUAUCUGGUGAAGCUCUUGCCUGGUAUACACAACAAGACGUCCGCAAGUGGCGUGGUUGGAGUGACAUGGCCCAAGACUUUAUGGACCGAUUCAGUUUCAACACCGAUAUCACACCAGAUAGAGUCUACAUGACCAAGUUAACCAAGAAGUCAACUGAGUCGUUCCGCGAGUAUGCACUGCGUUGGAGGUCAGAAGCAGCCAGGGUUCAACCCCCGAUGAACGAUAGAGAAAUGACUGCCACCUUCAUUGAAUGCCAGGCCGGCAUAUUUUAUGAGAAAAUGAUAGGUAUGAUGGGACAAAAAUUCACAGAAGUUGUCAGAAUGGGAGAAGCCUUGGAAGAAAGAAUUAUAUCAGGGAAAAUUCGGGAUCUUACGGCUUUGCAGUUGUAA